GAAUAAAAGCCCUAAAUUAAUAAACCCAUCUGGCCCACACCAAUUCUGGCGGGAAACUUGUCCGCCAUUUCCCGCCAAGUUAAUUAAUUCCUCACGGUUCAUUUUCUCUGUCUCCCCCCUUCCCUGUGUCGCCGCCUUCAAUCCCUUAUUCUCUAGCCAUGGCUUCCGACUCCUCUCCCGGCAACUUCUUCACCGAUCCUUCGUCUCCCGAUGGUUUUUCCAGUCCGAUUGGCAACACUUUCUCUUCCCCAGCACACCAACGCGGCCGCCGCCGCCGUCGAUCGUCGCCUCCCUCCGACGCUACCCCUCCGCCCAACGGAUCCCGAUUUGCCUCGUCAGCUGCUAGUCCAACCCCAUCACCCGCAGUUCGGGGUGGGAGCCGAGGCAGAGGCAGGGGUAGGGGCGUCCGACGUCCCCCAACUUCACCGCCGGAUUCUGCAAACACUGACGACUUGCCACUUCCGUCCUCUGACUUCGGCGAUGACAUGGACGAGGCUACGCCGACGUAUGUUUGGGGGACGAAUGUCAGUGUACAAGAAGUGAAAAGUGCAAUAUAUACGUUUAUCAAGAAUUUUAGGGAGAGUCAAGAAUCGAGCGACGACGUUUACGCGGAAGCGAAGUAUAUGAUGUUGAUACACAGGGUGCUUGAAAUGGAGGGGGAGUGGAUUGAUGUUGAUGCUCAUGAUGUAUUUGCUUACGACCAGGAUUUGUACAACAAGAUGGUGAGGUACCCACUUGAGGUUUUGGCUAUCUUCGAUAUUGUUCUGAUGGAUAUUGUGAGUUCCAUUAACGAGAUGUUUGACAAACAUGUGCAAGUUCGGAUUCAUAAUCUUAAGAGCUCUACUUCCAUGAGAAAUCUCAACCCAUCUGAUAUUGAGAAGAUGGUCUCGUUGAAGGGGAUGAUAAUUCGAUGCAGUUCUAUAAUACCUGAGAUAAGGGAAGCAGUAUUUAAGUGCCUUUUGUGUGAGUACCACUCGGAUCCAGUUGUUGUGGAUAGAGGACGAAUAACUGAACCUACUAUGUGCUCAAAUGAAAAUUGCCUCGCUAAGAACUCAAUGACACUGAUUCAUAAUAGAUGCAGGUUUGCUGAUAAGCAGAUUGUGAGGCUCCAGGAGACACCUGAUGAGAUCCCUGAAGGAGGGACACCACACACAGUGAGCUUGUUGAUGCAUGACAAACUAGUAGAUGCUGGAAAACCUGGUGAUAGGGUUCAGAUCACUGGGAUUUACAGGGCUAUGAGUGUCAGAGUUGGGCCAACACAAAGAUCUGUCAAAUCCUUGUUCAAGACAUACAUUGAUUGUCUUCAUAUAAAGAAAACCGACAAGUCCAGAAUGGUUGCUGAUGAUCCUAUGGAAGUAGAUGGUAGCUCACAAAGAAUAGAGGAAGAUGUCCGGUUUGAUGAAGACAAAGUAAAAGAGUUAAAAGAGUUGUCAAAACAACCAGAUAUAUACGACAGACUAACAAGGUCAUUGGCACCAAAUAUUUGGGAGCUGGAGGAUGUGAAGAAAGGUCUUCUUUGCCAGCUCUUUGGUGGGAAUUCUUUGAAGUUACAAUCUGGUGCUAGCUGUCGUGGUGACAUCAAUAUUCUUCUUGUUGGUGAUCCUGGAACAAGCAAGUCCCAGUUGCUCCAAUACAUUCACAAGCUUUCUCCUCGAGGCAUUUACACCAGUGGAAGGGGAAGCUCUGCUGUUGGUUUAACUGCUUACGUUACCAAAGAUCCUGAAACAGGAGAAACUGUUCUGGAAAGUGGAGCUCUUGUUCUUAGUGACAGAGGUAUCUGCUGUAUUGAUGAAUUUGACAAAAUGUCUGACAAUGCAAGGAGCAUGUUGCAUGAGGUGAUGGAACAACAAACUGUUUCGAUAGCGAAGGCUGGAAUUAUUGCUUCACUUAAUGCUAGGACUUCGGUAUUGGCUUGUGCUAAUCCUAGUGGCUCACGCUAUAAUCCUCGCUUGUCAGUGAUUGAUAACAUACACCUGCCUCCUACCUUGUUGUCCAGGUUUGAUUUAAUCUACCUGAUUCUUGACAAGGCUGAUGAACAGACAGACAGACGACUAGCUAAGCAUAUUGUUUCUCUGCAUUUUGAGGAUCCCAAGAGUGCAGAGCUGGAUUUCAUAGACCUUGGUACUCUAACGGCAUACGUGAGCUAUGCCCGCAAGCAUAUUCAUCCACAAUUGUCUGAUGAAGCUGCUGAAGAAUUAACUCAAGGAUAUGUUCAGAUGCGGAGGAGAGGAAAUUUUCCUGGAAGUAGUAAAAAAGUGAUAACAGCAACCCCAAGGCAGAUUGAGAGUCUAAUACGCCUUAGUGAAGCCCUUGCCCGAAUACGUUUCUCAGAAUGGGUUGAGAAACAUGAUGUAGUGGAGGCAUUUAGGCUUCUCGAAGUUGCAAUGCAACAGUCAGCAACUGAUCACACCACUGGAACAAUUGACAUGGAUCUCAUUACCACUGGAGUUUCGGCAAGUGAGAGAAUGAGAAGGGAGAAUGUGCUAACAGCAACUCGCAACAUAAUUCUGGAGAAGGUGCAACUGGGUGGACCCUCAGUGCGCUUGUUAGAGUUAUUGGAUGAACUGAAGAAGCAAAGCUCUGGCCCCGAGCUUCAACUUCAUGAUCUACGAAAUGCGGUCGCAACCCUUGCUAGUGAGGGACUCGUUGUUCUCCAUGGUGACAGUGUAAAGAGAGUUUGAUGCUCAGAUGGGAUCCAUGAGAAGUAACUGAGUAGAAAAUGUUGAGUUUGUUUAUUCCUUAGCUUGCUGAACUGCAACCUGGUAAAGAGUUCCACCCUACUAAUUCAGCUUCGGAGAGAGACGUAUGAUUUUUAGGUCCCUUGUGAUUUAGUGGAUUGUGGCAUAUAAUUUUAUAUACUUAGUAGAUUUAGGAACAACUCUCCAACAUGAAAUCAUGAUUACAUUGAGUAAGAACCAUGUGAAAACAUUUAUCCAAAUUGAAAUGGAUUUCAGCCACAGCUACAAGCCACUGUCAUCUUACAAAAAAUAUAAACUGGUUGUUACU